CUGACCGCUGGAAAGGUGACCACCAUCUGGACUUUGCAUCCAUGUUGCGUUUGAUCGCAGCAUCGCUGUGCCUCCGGUGCCAACGAGCCCCAUCGCUGCCUUUCAGCCUCAGACCAUGUGCGACACUGAGCUCGGUGGAGAACCAGCAGACGGUGGAGGCUCUUUACGAUCUCUCUGUGGACAUCCAGAAAGUCCGGAAACUAAAGGGCUGGGUGCUGCAUCAGAGUCCCUCUUAUACCCGGGAGGUGGCUGACCUGCUGAAAGGCAUGGGCGCCUCGGGGCCCAUCAUUGCUCGGAUCCUGGCAAUUCACCCAGAAGCUGUCCUCUGUGAUCCACAGCAGAUGCAUGCCCAGAGGGAGCUGUGGAUGUCCGUGUGUCCAAACCAGAAAGAGUUAGUUGGCAUCAUUGAGAAAUUCCCAGCCUCCUUCUUCACAUCCUCCAGCUACCAUGACAAUCAGCGGAACAACAUUGCGUACUUCCAGAGCCUGAACCUCAACAAACGGAUCAUCACCAAACUCAUGGCCAGCGCCCCCCAGAGCUUCAGGCGGCCGGUGGAGCAGAACGACGAGAUGGUCCACGCCCUGCAGCGGGCCUACCUGGAGCUCGGAGGGGAUGAGGCCAAUAUGAAAAUCUGGCUCCAGAAGCUGCUGAGCCAGAACCCGUUUGUUCUCCUCAAGCCUCCAGAGGUGCUGAGGCAAAACCUGCUGUUCCUGCGAGACAAAGGCUUCAGCACGGCAGAGCUCCUCCGCCUCCUCUCCAGCCUCAGGGGCUUCGUCACCGAGCUGAACCCGGACAGCAUGCGCCGCACCCUGACGUUCUCCCAGGACACCAUCGGCUGCUCCGAGACCGAGCUGCGGGAUAUCAUCCUCAAGUGUCCGGCUGUGCUUUACUACCCUGAAUCUAUUCUGGCGGAACGCUUCGACAGCCUGCGCAGGGCCGGGAUCAGCAUGUCCCAGAUCACACAAACUCCCACCGUGCUGGAGCUCACCUCGCAGAUUGUCAAUUAUCGCAUCCAGCGACUUAAGGCUCGGGGGUAUGAUGUACGGACAGGCAGUCUGGAGGUCCUGAACGGGACCAAGAAAGACUUUGAAAUGAGCUUUGGGAAGCUUCAGCUCCGCAGAGAAAGACCACUUUUUAACCCUGUUGCACCUUUGAAGGGAGACGAUUAACAGGAAUAAAUUCAAACUUUUGUCAUGCUGAUUCUAAGUGAUAUUUUAUUUCUAAUUGAAGUGUUUUAAAUCUAAAGAUGCAUUCACUUCCUCUCACUGGCCACUUCAUUUGGUACGAUUUCACACAAUUUCUGACAAAAAUUCUGCCUUUUCAAUUGCAAUGGAGUUCAACUUUUUUCUUUUUUUGGUUAAUUGCUGAGAUUUUAAUUGUAUGAUGUAAUUUUUUGAGGUUGUAGUUAUUACAACAUCACUAUAUUUGCUCUGUUUUUCAGCAGCGUCCUGCUCAGAUUCAGAAGCAGAAGUUUGUUGACUCUAUUUUUAGUUAUUUUUCUUUGAUUUUUGUGAGUAAAUGACAACAAAUCAAACUUUUCAUUCACAUUAGAAUUUUUGUCAUUCUGAAUUUGCAGAGCAUGAACACAUAUAGUAUGAAAACAAUUUAUCACAGUUCAGUCUUUGUGCAACAUGUAAAUUGUGCAUGUUGAAACAAAUUUCUAAAUACAUUUUAGAUGGAAAAAAAAUCCCAAACGCCCUCAUUCAGAGAUGCACAGUUCUUCUUAUUAAACUGAUAGAGGUGCUCAUUGAUGGGUUGGCCUGCUGGUACUGAAAGAGAUGUUUUUGUGGGCCUCACAAUGAUCAGUGUUGGCUGCUUCUUUACGGAUGGGACCUAAUGAAGUGGCUGAUCAGUGCAGGGCUCUGGAGCUUCAGUCCCUUUACUUUUUUCUGAGAGCUUCAGGAACCAACAGCAAACAUUUUAUGUGCUUUUUCACACAUAAGAGACUAAUGGGAUUUUUAUUGAAAAAAAAAAAAGCACAAUAAUUGAAAUGGCUAAGAUAGAGCUGAACUAGCUUCAAAUGGGCUGUAUCAAUCUUUUUUAGCUAGUCAAAACCUUAGCUUUGGCAUUAACAUGGUAAUAGUUUAUUUUUGGCGCUAAGGAAAAGUCAUUUUGUGUGAAAAUAAAGAUUUUC